AUGGUUAGAUUACAUUAUUUGGUAAUAACAAUCUUGUGUAUUUACAAUUUAUUUUUAUUGGGGAUGAUAAACGAAGGGAAAAAUGGGAAUACAGGGCUUGGAAAUUUCAAAAGGUCAACUCUACUAUCAAUAAAAAAACUAUUUUCAUUUUUUAGGGUAAUCAUGAGGUGGAACAACGAAUUGAUGCCGAAGCAAAUAAUCUAA